ACACGUGUUACGAUACCGCUUGAGCUUUCUCAUAUCUGAGUUUUGGACACACAGGUAUGUGUAGCAAACAAAUAUAAAUGAGAUUAUUAUGGGAAGGAGCCCACCGCCAGCACAGGCUUCCAGACCCCAUAGCGAGGUAAAAGCUGCCCCACCCGGACCUCCCCAACGGAAUGGGCAACUCCUUACUUAUCAGCUGGGGCCAGCAUAGCGGCGGGGGAGGCUGUGAUGAGGCUUAACAAAAAGCUGUGUUUUAACGAAACAUCCAGAGCAGUCUGUAGACACAUAUAGUGACAGUUGCAGCCUAGCAAGAGCAAAACUGUUGUUGAAAUGCCGAGUAACCUACAGGGAACAAUGGAAGAUGGACCAUAUAAGUACAUAAGGGAGGGGAAUGGAAAAAUCAGUCAGAUCAUUCGGAUCGGAACCCGAAAGAGUCAGCUUGCUCGGAUCCAGACCGACAGCGUGGCAGACAGGCUGAGGAAGCUUUACCCUGAUGUCCACCUUGAAGUCGUUGCCAUGUCAACAACUGGAGAUAAAAUCUUGGACACAGCAUUAUCAAAAAUUGGAGAAAAGAGUCUUUUCACGAAAGAACUGGAAUACGCCCUGGAGAAGAAUGAGGUAGACCUGGUAGUGCACUCUCUGAAGGACCUGCCCACUGUGCUGCCGCUGGGAUUCACCAUAGGAGCUGUGCUGGAAAGGGAAAUCCCUUAUGAUGCGGUGGUGUUGCAUCCGAAAAACGCAGGGAAGUCCCUCGACACUCUACCAGACAGGAGUGUCAUCGGGACCAGUUCACUUCGCCGAGCAGCCCAGCUGAAGAAAAGGUUCCCCCAGCUGGAGUUCAAAGACAUUCGGGGCAACCUCAACACUCGUCUGAAGAAGCUGGACGAGACAGACGAUUUUUCUGCCAUCAUCCUGGCUGCGGCUGGCCUCAAUCGCAUGGGCUGGGACAAUCGGAUUGGCCAGAUCCUAGACCCAAAGGACUGCAUGUAUGCUGUUGGACAGGGUGCGCUGGCAGUGGAGGUGAGAGCCAAGGAUAAGGACAUCCUGGAGAUGGUUUCUGUGCUGCAUCACUCAGAGACUGUGCUGCGCUGCAUAGCUGAGAGGGCCUUCCUCCGACAUCUGGCAAGUGGCUGCAGUGUGCCAGUGGCUGUGCACACAGAAGUGACAGACUCACAGCUGUACCUGACUGGGGCAGUCUACAGUCUGGACGGUUCCCAAAGUUUGAAGGAAACUAUGCAGACCAGCAUCAUUCCAAGUGAACAGGUGGAGAGAGGUGUGGACAGUGAGGCCCAGCAUGUGGGGGUGACGGCCAGCAACCUCCCUGGAUCCCCCCAGGAUGCUGCCGAGAGAUUAGGUGUGGAUCUGGCCCAGCUGCUGCUCAACAAGGGUGCCAAGGAGAUCCUGACAGUGGCAAGACAACUCAAUGAGGCCUGCUAAUCCCUUCGACCCAUUCCAGAAGACAUCAGAGUCCAGGUGGAACCAGAUGCUCUCCAAGAAACAAGCGCAUACACACAACCUCCAGAAGGCCCAUCUGUCAGACGUCUCUUUUAAACCUCACCACAUCUUCUACUAAUUGUAAAAUCCUCAUAGUCUUUCUAACAAUUCACAUUAUAUUUUUAAUAAUUACAUGGAAUAAAAGGGCAACAUAUUUAAAUAGCAGAUGUCUAAAAUAUGCAAAUCCAACCAAUGAUAUAAUACCCAGAGACAGCCAUGCACUAGCUGACACCUGCUAUGUUCCUAUCAACAGACUCCCCACUUCAGCACAUCCAUCCUAUCAGUAUUCAGCUCGCUGUGUCUGGGCUGAUAAAUGAAGUUGUUUGCUCUUUCACCCACACACACCAUUUCAGAAUGAAUAACCUAAAUAUUAGCACAGUUUAUUUUCAUAUAAUAUAACUAAGAAAGAAAAGUAAAUGUCUACCAGUGAAAUUAUUUCCCAAAGAGGUGCUGCUUCUAUUCAUAGAAAGUACUUUUUUAUGUAUGGACUGGCUAAUUGGACUCCAUCUUAAUAUGUUCAUGAAACACGGUGUCUGUUUUAAAAGACCCAUUACACUCCUGAAUACCAGUCAAUCAGCACUACUAGAAUGCUUACUGUGCUCCCAGUUCUCCUUCCUUAGCAUGUCACAGCUUACCAUAUAACGUAUUUACCAAAGGCCGACUUGCUGCUACUGCGAACAGGGUAAAAGACUACACACUGAAUGUGUACUGAACUAAGCUGUGCUUAGAUGACAAAUGUGCUUAAUAUGGGUUUGUAAAAGCUCAGUGUCUUUGAGCGUCUGUACUUAUGUGCCUUAUGUGUCUGUGUAAUGGGUAAUAAAAAUGACUAGUACAUCUGGAAA